AUGGAUGACUGGUGCUACCCAGUGAUUUUCCCAGAUGCGCGGAAUUUCCGCCCCUUCACUUCUGACUCUCUGGCUGCAAUUGAGAAGAGGAUUGCCAUCCAAAAGGAGAAAAAGGAGCUCAAAGACCCGACAGCAGCAGAACCCCAGCCUCGACCUCAGCUUGACCUGAAGGCCUCCAGGAAGUUGCCCAAGCUCUAUGGUGACAUUCCCCAUGAGCUGAUAGCGAAGCCCCUGGAAGACUUGGACCCAUUCUACAGAAACCAUAAGACAUUUAUGGUGUUGAACAAAAAGAGAACAAUCUAUCGCUUCAGUGCCAAGCGCGCCUUAUUCAUUUUUGGGCCUUUCAAUUCAAUCCGAAGUUUAGCCAUUAGAAUCUCGGUGCAUUCAUUAUUCAGCAUGUUCAUCAUUUGCACUGUCAUCAUCAACUGCAUGUUCAUGGCUGCAGCUCGUGGUGGGAAGAACAAUAGUAGUAUAGAGACCGACCGUGCUGAGUAUGUCUUCACUAGUAUUUAUAUUUUUGAAGCUUUGAUAAAAAUAUUAGCAAGCGGUUUUAUUCUGGAUGAGUUUUCUUUUCUUCGAGAUCCAUGGAAUUGGCUGGACUCCAUUGUCAUUGCAACAGCGUUUGUAUCAUGUUCACCAAACAUCAGGCUCAGCGACAUCAGUCUGUCAUCCCUACGUACCUUCCGAGUGUUCAGAGCUUUGAAAGCAAUUUCAGUAGUUUCAGGUCUGAAGGUCAUCGUGGGGGCCUUGCUGCGCUCUGUGAAGAAGCUUGUUGACGUGAUGAUCCUGACUCUUUUUUGCCUAAGUAUCUUCGCCCUUGUUGGUCAGCAGCUCUUCAUGGGAAAUCUAAACCAGAUGUGUGUCAGGGAGGACUGUAAGAAUGCCACUAACUUGGACGACUAUUGUUAUGAAAAGAAAGAUUCCACUGAAUUCAAAAUAUGUAACUCCGGUAGAAGUGACUGUUCUGAAAAAUUUGAAUGCAUACACACUCAAAAGAAUCCUGACUAUGGCUAUACAAAUUUUGACAACUUUGGCUGGUCAUUUCUUGCCAUGUUCCGGCUUAUGACCCAAGAUUCCUGGGAGAAGCUUUAUAGACAGACCUUACGCACCUCGGGGCUCUUCGCAGUCUUCUUCUUCGUGGUGGUCAUCUUCCUGGGCUCUUUCUACCUAAUUAAUUUAACCCUGGCUGUUGUCACCAUGGCUUACGAAGAACAGAAUAAGAACGUAGCUGCUGAGACGGAGGCCAAGGAGAAGAUGUUUCAGGAAGCCCAGCAGCUGUUAAAGGAAGAGAAAGAGGCUCUGGUUGCCAUGGGAAUUGACAGAAGUUCACUUAAUUCCCUUGAAGCAUCAUCUUUUUCCCCAAAGAAGAGAAAGCUAUUUGGUAACAGGAAAAGGAAGUCCUUUUUUUUCAGAGAAUCUGAGAAAGAACAGGUUCCAGGAUCAGAGUCUGAUGAGGAUUCCCCAAAAAAGCCUUACCUCCUAGAGCAAACCAAACGACUGUCUCAGAACCUGUCAGUGGACUUCUGCGAAGAGCACAGAGACCCUCUCCAAAGGCAGAGGGCGCUGAGUGCUGUCAGCAUCCUCACCAUCACCAUGCAGGAACAAGAAAAAUCCCAGGAGGCUUGCUUCCCGUGUGGGGAAAACCUGGCAUCCAGAUACCUCGUGUGGGACUGUAGCCCCCGGUGGAUAUGCUUUAAGAAGGCCCUGAGAACUGUGAUGACCGACCCCUUUACUGAGCUGGCCAUCACCAUCUGCAUCAUAAUCAAUACUAUCUUCUUGGCCAUGGAGCAUCACAAAAUGGACCAGAGUUUUGAGCGUAUUUUGUAUACAGGAAAUUUGGUGUUCACUGGCAUUUUUACGGCAGAAAUGUGCCUAAAAAUCAUCGCGCUUGACCCCUACCACUACUUUCGCCGAGGCUGGAACGUCUUUGACAGCAUUGUCGCUCUUCUCAGUGUUACAGAUGUGAUGAUGAAUAAAAUAAAUGUGCCGCUGUUCCAUUCCCUACGAGUGCUAAGAGUCUUCAAGUUAGCCAAAUCGUGGCCAACUUUAAACACACUGAUUAAGAUCAUCGGCCACUCCGUUGGAGCCCUGGGAAACCUGACCGUGGUCCUGGCCAUUGUGGUCUUUAUUUUCUCAGUAGUCGGCAUGCAGAUGUUCGGCUCUAAAUUCAAUUCCGAAAAGUGUCCACGGCGCUGGCACAUGGGGGACUUUUAUCACUCUUUUCUGGUGGUGUUCCGCAUCCUCUGUGGGGAAUGGAUCGAAAACAUGUGGGAGUGUAUGCAAAACGUCGGUAACGCACAGCUGUGCAUUGUUGUCUUUCUGUUGAUCAUGGUGAUAGGAAAGCUCGUGGUACUCAACCUCUUCAUUGCCUUGCUGCUCAAUUCCUUUAGCAAUGAGGAGAGAGAUGGGAACUCAGAAGGAGAGGCCAAGAAAACCAAAGUCCAGUUAGCCUUGGAUCGGUUCCACCGGGCUUUUUGUUUUGUGCUACAUACUCUUGAGCAUUUCUGUUGCAAGCGGUACAGGAGGCAAAACUUACCAAAGCAGAAAGAGGUGGCAGGAGGCUCUUCUGCAGAGAGCAAAGAUGUCAUUCCCCUGGUCACAGAAGUGAAAAAAGGCCCAGAGACCUGGGAGGAGUUCAGUGUCCUAACUUCUGCACCAAAGACCUUGGUUGUCGGGCAUGAUUGGACUUGGUUGGCCCCACUCGCCGAGGAAGAAGAUGACAUUGAAUCUCCUGAGGAAGAUAACGCACAGCCUGUCACACAACCUGAGGCUGGAAAACAGGCCCAUGAGCUCCAUCAGGAAGCCAAGUCCAGCAGCCCAAGAGUUCAGAAUGUGGAAAUUGAUGUGUUCUCAGAAGACGAUGCUUAUCUGUCAGUACAGAAUCCCCGAAAGAAGUCUGAUGCUAUCAGUGUAUUCUCAGAAUGUAGCACCAUCGAUCUGCAAGAUCCCUUUAGGCGGGUACCUGAAAUGGUUCCCCAGAAGGAGCCAGAGAGAUGUUUGCCCAAAGGCCUGGGUUGCUGCUUCCCAUGCUGUACUGUGAACAAGAGAAAGUCCCCCUGGAUCAUUUGGUGGAAACUGCGGAAAACCUGCUACCAAAUAGUGAAACACAGCUGGUUUGAGAGCUUUAUUAUCUUUGUGAUUCUGCUGAGCAGUGGGGCACUGGUGUUCGAAGAUGUUAACCUUCACAAACAACCCAAUAUCCAAGCAUUACUUAAUUGUACUGACAAUAUUUUCACAUUCAUUUUUAUCAUGGAGAUGGGUCUGAAAUGGGUGGCCUUUGGAUUUUGGAAGUAUUUCACCAGCGCCUGGUGCUGGCUCGAUUUCAUCAUCGUGAUUGUGUCUGUGCUCAAUCUCACCAACUUAAAGGUCUUGAAGUCCCUCCGGACUCUACGGGCACUGAGGCCCCUGCGGGCACUGUCCCAGUUUGAAGGAAUGAAGGUGGUAGUUAAUGCUCUCAUUGGUGCCAUACCUGCCAUUCUGAAUGUUUUGCUCGUCUGCCUCAUUUUCUGGCUCAUAUUUUGUAUCCUGGGAGUAAACUUGUUUUCUGGAAAGUUUGGAAGGUGCACUAAUGUAACAGAUAACUCGAGCUUGGUCAUAGAUCCCAAACUUGUUGCAAACCUAAGUCAGUGCGAAAGUAGAAAUUUCACCUGGGUCAACCUGAAUGUCAACUUUGACAACGUGGGAAUGGCUUACCUCGCCCUGCUGCAGGUGGCGACGUUUAAGGGCUGGAUGGAGAUUAUGUAUGCAGCUGUUGAUUCCAACGAGAAGGAAGACCAGCCAGUUUUUGAGAGGAACAAAUACAUGUACCUUUACUUCGUAGUUUUUAUUAUCUUUGGCUCAUUCUUCACUCUGAAUCUCUUUAUUGGUGUUAUUAUCGAUAACUUCAACCAACAGCAGAAAAAGAUAAGUGGCCAAGACAUUUUUUUGACAGAAGAACAGAAUAAAUACUAUAAUGCAAUGAAAAAAUUAGGAUCCAAAAAACCUCAGAAGCCCAUUCCAAGACCUCUGAACAAAUGCCAGGGUCUUGUGUUUGACCUGGUCACCAACCAGAUCUUUGACGUCAUCAUCAUCAUCCUCAUUAUCCUCAACAUGGUUAGCAUGAUGGCCGAAUCAGAUAAUCAAUCUAAAACCAUGAGUCUCAUCCUUGACUAUCUCAACCUGGCCUUUGUGGUCAUCUUUACAAUUGAGUGUCUCAUCAAAAUCUUUGCUUUGAGGCAAUACUACUUCACCAAUGGCUGGAAUUUAUUUGAUUGUGUGAUCGUGGUCCUUUCUAUUGUUAGUAUGAUGAUUUCUGCCUUGGAAGAGCAGAAGCACAUUCCUUUCCCCCCGACACUCUUCAGAAUUGUCCGCUUGGCUCGGAUUGGCAGAAUCUUGAGGCUCGUUCGGGCAGCUCGAGGAAUCAGGACUCUCCUUUUUGCUCUGAUGAUGUCUCUUCCCUCUCUAUUCAACAUCGGUCUUCUGCUCUUUCUGAUUAUGUUUAUCUAUGCCAUUUUCGGUAUGAGCUGGUUUUGCAAAGUGAAGCCAGACUCUGGGAUUGAUGACAUAUUCAACUUCCAAACUUUUGCAGGCAGCUUGCUCUGUCUCUUCCAGAUAACCACGUCAGCGGGCUGGGAUACCCUCCUCAGCCCCAUGUUACAGUCAGAUGAUUCCUGCAACUCCACGUCUGAGAAUUGUUACCUCUCUACCACAGCCAUAAGCUAUUUUGUCAGUUACAUCAUCAUCUCUUUUCUCAUUGUUGUCAACAUGUAUAUUGCUGUGAUUUUAGAAAACUUCAAUACAGCCACUGAAGAAAGUGAAGACCCUUUGGGUGAAGAUGACUUUGAAAUAUUCUAUGAAGUCUGGGAAAAAUUUGACCCAGAAGCGACACAGUUUAUCAAAUAUUCUGCCCUUUCUGAUUUUGCUGAUGCCCUUCCUGAGCCCUUGCGUGUGGCAAAGCCAAAUAAAUUUCAAUUUCUAGUAAUGGACUUGCCCAUGGUGACUGGAGAUCGCCUCCACUGCCUGGAUAUCCUUUUCGCUUUCACCACUAGGGUACUCGGUGACUCCAAUGGCUUGGAUAGCAUGAAAGCAAUGAUGGAGGAGAAGUUCAUGGAAGCCAACCCUUUCAAGAAGUUAUAUGAACCCAUUGUCACCACCACCAAGAGAAAGGAAGAGGAGAGAUGCGCCGCCGUUAUUCAGAAGGCCUUUCGAAAGUACAUGAUGAAGGUGACUAUGAGCACCUUGGAAGACAGGCCUCGUUCACCACUCCAGACACCCUGCAAUGGGAGCUUGUCCAGCUCCGGGGUGGCCGAGGGCAAGGUCCACUGUGACUGA